AUGGCCACGCCGAGGCGGGUCCCAACGAUCCUCUUCGCGUCGAGCGUGGCGGCCGAGCAGGACGAGACCUUCGUGCACUCGCUCGGCCUCAACGGCCUGCUCGAGCUCAUCGCGGCCGACGCCAGCUUUGCGCCGUAUGAGCAGACGCUCUUCGCCGAGUCGGCGCUGCAAUACAGCCGGCGGAUGCAGACGGCCGAGCAGAACGGGAAGCUGGAUCGGAGGGUCGAGGGGUUCCUGAACCUCCUCUCUGCCCACUUCCUCUCCCAAGCCGCGCAGAAGGCGCUCGAGUACCUGCUGCGCCACUUUCGCGACACAGAGCUGCUCGGCCAGCUCACCUACCUGGGCGCGGCGCACCGCGUCGCCGCCUCCUUUUCGGCGGUGGCGCUGCUCGAGAUUGCGUCGCGCAUGCGCUUCACCGACGCCGAGGCGCCGCUCCUCCGCUCCCUCCUCGAGCACGCACGCGAGGGCAUCGCCUCGGAGACGGCGCCCGACCGGCGGCUGGUCGGGAUGAUGCUGAUCACUCAGCUCGCCGCGCGCCGCUCGCUGGCGGCCGACCCUGCCAAGCUGCUCGCGGCGCUCGUCGGGGCGCGGCUGAGGCGGGCCCGCGAGGCGGAGGAGGCGCGCGGCUGCCUGCAUGGCGAGUGCGGCGCCGUGGGCGCGAAGCCGACCGCGCUCCGCGCCUUGCUCGACGCGGUCGCGGCUCUGAGCGGCUCGCACGACGUGUCGACUCUGAUCCCGCCGCUGCUGCUGCAGCUCGCAGAGUCGAGUCUCGCGCACCCGAAGGCGGCCGCCGGCGUGCUGCGCGCCCUCCCCGUGCGCAACCUGGCGCGGCCGGUCGCGGCGCUGCUCGCGAGCCUCGAGGCGUCGCCCGACACCCACCGCGUCGCCCAGUGGCUGUGGGACACCCUCUGCGGCGGAGGCGCGCGCGAGGCGUCUGCGAGCUCGCUGCCCGGUGACGAGCUGUCGGCCAUCGAGCGGCUCCGCGCGGGUGCGGACGCGCUGACGCGCGCCGUGCUGCGGGCGCUCUCCGAGGCACGUGCGCCACGGCUCGCCCUCGUCCCCGUCCAGAUCGCGCUCGCCGCUGCGGCCGGCUCGCCGCCGACGCUGAAGGCGGCCUUGUCCGACCUGUCCGGGGCUGCCGUCGGGGCGGUGGGCGCUGCGGACGAGGUGGCGGCGCUGUGUGCGCUGCUGAUGCAGCCGACGAGCGAGCCGCAGCCGCUGCUGGCGGCGCUGCUGGCGGCACUCGCUCGGCUGGGCGGGGGCGCGCCCAACGGCGCGUCGCCGAGCGGCAAGUGCGAGCGGCAGCUGCGGCUGGCCUGCGACGCGUGCCUGCACCUGCUGCGCCGGCUCCGGGCGACGGACGGGGAGGCCGCCGCCUUGCGCGGCCUGAUCGAGAGGGUGGUGGGGUCGGUCCUGUCGCAGCUCCCGCCGACGUCCGUCGCCUCGUCCGCCGACGCCGUCGCCGUUUGUCGCAAGGCGCUGGUGGUUCUCCUCGAGUGCGGAGCCGGCAGCAAGGAGCCUGCUGCCCUCCGCUCUCUGCUGCCGCGGCACUGGAGGGGCGACGCGCUGCUGCUGCACCUCGCCUCGUGCUGGGCCUCGCCCGAGCGCCUUGGCUGCGGGGGCAGCUCCUGGCGCGCCACGCGGCUGCAGGCGCUGCAGAUGACGCGCGCCCUCCUCCUCUCGCGCGCAAAGGAGACGGCUCCGCCCGCCACGGCGCGCGCAGCCGCCGCCACCGCGCAGCGGCUGCUUCCGCUCCUGCUCUCCGUCGUGCACGGCAGCGACGCUCUGCUGCGCGCCGCCGCCUCGGCCACGCUGCGCGCUAUGCGCGAGGCGUGCAGCAACCCCGCUCAGCGCCGCAACCCUCCCGAGGAGCGCUUGCCCCCGACGGCGGGGCUGCAGGGCGGCGCCUCGCCGCUGCGGGCGUCGACGAGCCACCGCCCGCGCCGGCGGGGGUGCAACGCCGGCGUUGGACUCCGGGACAGCGGCAAGCUUGCGGGAGCGGACGACGUGGCUUCGGUGCUGCCUGAGGCGACUGUGCUUGCGGUGGAGCUGAUUCGCGCCCACGACGUGCGCGCCUUUGCGGCGCUGCCCGCCCGCGAAAAGGUGGCCAGCCUGGCCGUGCUUCUGCGCGCCGUCGGCCUGCCGUGGGGCAAGGAGCUGCCCCUCGUCUCGCUCGCCGUGCCGAUGGCCGCUUUGCGCCAGCUGACCGCCGGCCUCUUCACCUCGCUGCCAGAGGCGGACCGGGAGCACCUGCUGACGGCUCUGUGCGAGAGCCGCCGCCACGCGCUGCUCCUCCUGCCGCCGCCGCUCGUCGACCCCGAGCGGCCGCAGGUUGCGAAGCACGCGCUCGAGGUGGUGAAGGCCGCCGUGCCGCUGCUGCCCGAGGAAACGCUCGAGCGGGUCGUGCCGCACUUCGCCUCCGUCUCGCGCCGCGCCCUCCAGCACGAGCACCACGGCGCCGCGCUCGCCGCCGUCGAGCGCGCUGUCGGCGUCCUCGUCCCGCUGUUCGUGCGGCGCGGCCUCCAGCUCCGCCCGCUGCUUCGCGGCUGGGUGACGCUGGUCCUGCAGGCGCCGCCCGCGCAGUGGCCGGCGCUCCUCGGCGCGCUGGUCGGCAAGGCCUCCUCCGACGAGCACCUGCACUGCGUCGUCUCGAGCCUGCUCGAGGCGAUGCUCGCCCUCCAGGCGCUGCUGCCGGCCGGCUGCCUGCAGCCCAUCACGACGCUGCUCGCGCACGCAGAGCCGGCGGUGCAGAACCUCGCGGUGCUGCUGCUGCAGGCGCGGCUACAGCGGGGGCCGGGCAAGCUGCUCGCCAGUGCGCCCGAGGAGCCCAUCGCGCAGAUGACGCGCCGCCUCGUCGCGCUCUCUGGGGCGGCGGCGGCGAGCCCGUCGUCGCAGCGAGCGGCGCUGCUGGCGCUCGACUUGCUCGCGCGCGAGUGCGGCGCCGCGAUGCCGCAGCUGUUCGACCCGGCGGUGCCCGCGGUGGUGCGGCUGAUCGAGGAGAGGGACCCGCUCGUGCUCAGCUCGGCCCUGCUCGCGUGCUCCGCCCUCGUGAGCUCGCUCGGCGUCCGGCUGGUGCCACACAUGCCCCUCUUCAUGCCGCCGCUCCUGCGCUGCCUCGAGCACUCCCUCUUCCUCUCCGAGCCGCAAAGGGACGCGCUGCUCGCCGCCGCCGCCUGGCUCGACGGCUGCGGCCCGGCGCUGCUCACCGCGCUGCCCAUGUUCCUCCACCCCUACCUCCCGCGGCUCCUCCGCGCCGUGCUCCGCCUCGCCUCCAUCGACUCGCCGGCCGCGCAGGCCGUCGGGUUGGCUGCCAAGGCCAAGGCGCUGAACCGCGCUCUCGCCAGGGCGGUCCCGAGCCGCCAGCUGCUGCCGGCGAUGGUGGACGCCGUCGGCGUUGCGUCGCAGGCCGGCAGUGCGGCGCAGGUAGAGCUGCUGCAGCUGCUCCAGACGCACGUGACACUCCGCCCGCCAGCGGAGGCGCGCACGCACGCGGCCGCCGUGUUUGACGUCCUCCUCUCGGGCCUCCACUUCCGCUCGCUGCAGCCCUUCAGCGAGGCGCUCCUCCUCGCGCCGCCCGCCGCCGUCGAGGCGGCCACCAGCGCCGCGCUCGCCGAGAUUGUGAUGCGCCUCGAUGAGGACUCGUUCGGCGCCUUUUUCGAGCGCAGUCUCGCGUGGGUCGCCCCUGCGGGUGUCGCCGGAGCCGCGAGCGCGCCCCGCUUCUCGCUCGCGCGCGCCCUCUCCUUCUUCCGCGUCCUGUCGGGCACGCAGAUCGCGCUCCGCUCGCUGUUUGCGCCUUACUUUAGCCUGGCGCUGCCGCACGCGUGCGUCCACCUCGGCAGCUCGAGCCCGCAGCAGGCCGCGGUGCAAAGCACUGGCGGCGGCCCCGCGAAGCGACGACGGCUCGACCGGCUGGCCGGGUCCACCGGCGCCAGCGCCGGCGAGGCGGAGCUCGAGGUGGCGCUCACGCUCGCCGUCGCCGCGUUCCUCGAGGUUGGCUUCGCGAACGAGGCUGCGACGCCGCCGGCGCCGCAGCUACGCGCGCUCGAGAAGGCGCUGAUUGCGCGGCUCGGCUGGGCCAAGGCAGGGCCCAUCGAGUACGCGCUCCUGGCCGCGGUCGCCUCGCUCGCCGCCGCGCUCGGCGUCGACGGCUGCAAGGUGCUGCACUACGAGCUCUGCGUCGCGAGUCAGGACGACGACGAGGCGAUGCGGCGUGGCGCUGUCAAGGGGUUGCAGCGGUUGUACGCGUCCGUGCCCGACGCCGCCAUCGUGCACUCGCCCGAGGCGGUGCCGUUCCUGUCGGAGCUGCUCGAGGACGCGGACGCCGAGACGCGUUCGUGCGCGCUCGAGCUGAUGAACACGCUCGAACAGAGCAACACAGGCCUCCUCGAGGAGGAGUAGCCCCUUCACCUUCCUUCAUCUUCCAUCACCUUCCUGUGGUCCGACCGUGCUUGCCUUGGGGAAUGGUUUGUUUGCCCUCGUUAGUCGGGGCGUGAGAGAUCCAUUCCGAGAGGUCAGUGUU